CUGGGGCGGAUGUCGACAGUGCAGCAGAUGGAUCGCCACCCUAGCCCGCGCCGUUGUGUGGAAGAUAUAGAUGGCAGAUAGGGGUUGCUGUAUGCCGUCCAUGACCUAGUGCUGGCUGCACUCGAGGGGGGGUCCCGGCUCCGUCUGUCUGCCAGUCUCGCGCCGUUCCAGCCUCCUUAUUCGUUCACGCCCCUAGCUGAUAGGAUCCUCACCAAGCGGCUUUGUGGGGGUUUCGAUAACUUCCAUUUAUCUUGCUUCGAUCCCCUCCACCACCUCGAGCUGCUGUUUGCAAACCUUGCCGUCUCCAUACAUACCUCUCUCCCGCCUCCCCAACCUCCCCGGCCCUCGUGCUCUUUUAGGGCUCUUGAAAAGACAAGAAACAUUUUGUGGGUUGCGAACCCAAAGCCCGGGAAACACUCUGCAGCUUAUAAGUCGAUGUGGGUGCCAUUCCCCGUCUGAAUCUUACGUCACCAAGGGGGGGACAGGCGCAAAUCAAAGCGAAAUUGCGUGUGGUGCGGCAGGCGUGCACCCACCGCACAGGCGAGCCCACCCAGGCGCUUAAAGCUAGCGAACCCCGCGAUCGCACUGGCAGGGCCCAAUUGCGACAUCAUGUCCCACCACAUGGUCGCCAUCACGGAGCUUGACCUCAGCAACUGUCGCCCAAAUUCCAUCACCGACAGGAUUAACGAUGUCCCGGGCCUCAAAACCAGCACUGCCUUCUUCACCUUCCUCCGCGCGAACCUCGUGCAGCCGUCCUCGGCCAUGUCCUCUCGCGUAAACACCCCGCUGCUCGAGCCGCAAGCGACGAGCUCGCCCGGACGCCAGCUCCAGGACGACGACUCCGCCGCCGCCGCAACCACCACCUCCUCCUACCCCGCACCAACCAACCCUCUCCGCCAAGGCGGCGCCAAGACCGGGCCAGGCAGGCCGCCCAGACCCGGCGGCGGCGGCGGCGGCGCCCCGGUCCCCGACGACGACGACAUCCCGCCCUUCUCGCUCGAGGUCCUGACGGAGCGGCGCGACCGCGUCGAGGCCCUGCGGCUCGUGGCCGACAGCGUCGCGCAGCAGCGCCAGCGCGCCGCCCUCUCGCUCGUGCUGCACCCGGCCUGCCUCGCCGGCCUGGCGCUGGCGCUGGCCGCGGCCCACCAGUUCGCCUGGGCCCGCCAGGGCCGCCGCGACGCGGGCCUGCUGCUGACCCUGGCGUCGGGCGUCGUCAUGUCGUAUCUGGUCGCCGUGCGCCUCCUGGCCUCGCGCUACAUCGCCCUGGCCGAGGGCGUCGGCUGGCGCUUCCUCUCGCGCUCCUCCACCGGCAUCGUGCCGCCGCCGCCCGCGGCCGACGGCGACGACGACGACGACGGCGGCCCCGUGCCAGAUGGCUCCGACCUCGCCACCGAGGACGUCGUGCUGGGCGCCCGCUUCGGCGACGAGCUCGUCGCCGCCCUGGUCCUCCGCCUCGAGCCCCUCGGCCGGCCCGCGUCCUCCUCGGGCGACCGCGGAAGUGGCGGUGGCGUGGGGCCCGGCGGCCGGAGGAAGCACCGCACGUCGAGCCUCAAGGGCGGCCGGGGCGUCAUCCGCGCGUGGACCACCAAGCUCCGGUACCGCCGCAAGGGCGUGGGCGGCGACAUGCUGCGCGAGGCCGUGCGCGCCACCCGCGAGCGCUGCGGCCGCGACGCCGAGGUCGGCUUCGCCCGGGAGCACGCAAACAGCGUCAUGGUCCUGCCCGAGAUGUUCAACGGGCCCUUCAGGAAGACGGAGAGGAAGGCCGCCAGGGCCCUGGAGGCCAUCCUGGUGGAGCUGGAGGGCACCAGGAGGAAAAAGUGACGGAAUGGGUUUCCUGGUCUCCGUGUUUUGUCUCCUACAAGGCUUGUCUUUGGUUCCCUUGGCGAGGCACAGUCAAAAUGUAUGCCCAAGUACGUGUUGUGUGUGCCUGUUUAUCCAGGCAUUUAUAUAGAUGAAUACCCAGUUUCCUUGCCGUAUUGAACAUGGCAACAAGCAAGACAGGCUGAACCGGCCGAAUCUCACUGCAAAUGGACUAUCAGUUGCGGCGGUCUCCUUACACACAGCACACAGUCCUUGUAGAUAGGGUGACGGGACCACAGCAUGCUUGGAAGAAAACCCUCAUCCAGGCGC